UUUCAUUGUUUCGUUUCAUUUCAGGAACUUCAACUACAAUCAAGUCAAACAAGAGCAAAGCUAAAAUCUCAACAAAAAUUCAAAUGGCUUCUAACGGUGAAUCUAAACAUUCGGAAGUUGGGCACAAGAGUCUUUUGCAAAGCGAUGCUCUUUAUCAGUAUAUACUCGAAACAAGUGUGUACCCGAGAGAGCCAGAGGCAAUGAAAGAACUUAGAGAUGUGACUGCCAAGCAUCCAUGGAAUCUGAUGACAACAUCAGCUGAUGAAGGGCAGUUCUUGAACAUGCUUUUGAAGCUCAUCAAUGCCAAGAACACCAUGGAGAUUGGAGUUUACACUGGAUAUUCUCUCCUUGCCACUGCUCUGGCUCUUCCAGAUGAUGGAAAGAUUUUAGCAUUGGACAUCAACAGGGAAAACUAUGAAAUUGGAUUACCCAUAAUUGAAAAAGCUGGAGUUGGUCACAAAAUUGACUUCAGAGAGGGUCCUGCUUUGCCUGUUCUGGACCAUAUGCUUGAAGAUGCUAAGUGUCAUGGAGCAUUGGAUUUUGUAUUCGUCGAUGCUGACAAGGACAACUACAUCAACUACCACAAGAGAUUAAUUGAUUUGGUAAAAAUCGGAGGAUUAAUCGGAUACGAUAACACCCUGUGGAACGGUUCUGUGGCCGAGCCAGCUGAUGCUCCGAUGAGAAAGUAUGUCAGGUACUACAGAGACUUUGUGAUUGAGUUCAACAAAGCUUUGGCUGCUGAUCCCAGGAUUGAGAUCUGUAUGCUUCCUGUUGGUGAUGGCGUUACCUUGUGCCGUCGUAUCAGCUAAUCAUCUAACUGAAAUUCGGAAUAUUGUUUCACCAUUUGUUUUAAGUAAUGGAGCAGUUAUGAUGCUUUGGUUGUAUCUUCCUGUGUUUUCUUGUUGAAUUUGCAAUGUGCAUUAUUGAUGAUGAAUAUAUUCAUAAUUUAAUGUUGA